GGCCGGAAACAUUUCGUCGACGCACUUGGGUGAGACUUGUUUACAAAUAACAGCUGUCAAAAACCUACCAGCCAGCAAUUGUUGUAUAUUUCGCCACACAAUGGAAAGGGAAACAUAAUUAUUGCACUCGAGAGCAAUUCUUUUGGUCACUCUUACGCCUCUCUAAUGUGUUCUAACCCGACAAGUGUGAAGUCACGUCGUCUGCUCCCAUGGCGGAGGGCGGAAGCAAGCUGACACUGAGGCGCCUGGAAGCUCCCAUUCACAAGUUCAUUAAAGUGGCUCUCCCCACUGACCUCGAGCGGCUUCAAAAACACCACAACAACAUAGUAAAGUACCAGCAAAGCCAACAAUGGGACCGCCUUCAUCAGGAGCAUAUCAAUGCCAGCCGAACAGUUCAGCAACUACGAGCAAACAUCAGAGAGAUGGAGAAGCUAUGCGGCCGCGUCCGGCCAGAAGACGCCACGGCUGUGGAGAAGAUGGUCAAGCCGAUUAAGGACAGGGCGUCGGCCGCCACCCGAGACUUUCUGCGCAUGCACGAUGACCCCGCCCUUCUGUCCACGCCGCCUUCGCCGCCGCCGCCUGAUUCUGCUCGGGCAUCCGGUCGAGGGCCCGACACAGACGAGGAGUCCGUUUCUGGCUGGCAAAUUCAAACCCAGCUGCCGGAGAUCCCUGUCGAGGAGAGUGCUGCUGAAUCUUGGGACAACCUUGAGGAGGAUCUGAAGCAGCUGAGUGGUUUGGUGACAAGCUUUUCCGUGCUCGUCCAUUCCCAGCAGGAGAAGAUUGACAGCAUUGAGGACAACGUCAACACGGCCGGUGCCAACGUGGAGGAGGGGUCCAAGAGCUUGGGGAAGGCAGUAGGCCACAAGUUGGCGAUACUGCCUUUGGCCGGGGCGCUCCUGGGCGCCGCUGUCGCCGGCCCGCUGGGCCUGCUGAUUGGACUCAAAGCGGCGAGCGCGGCCGUGGUGGGGGGCAGCGCUCUUGGCUUCGCGGGAGGCAGCUUGGUGAAGAAGCACCGUAAAAGCUUGCUGGCGCUGCAGAUGAAGCAGCUGACGGCGCCGCCGGCCGACCCCGGGUCAGCCAAGGAUGAGUGAGCCAUGGAGUUUCCCGCCUGCUUGCAUAAUCAGGACUGUGAGCGGUUACACUACUACGGAUGCAAAAAGCAUUUGCAUUUAUGAUACUUUUUAGCGGAACUGCGUCAAACUGACAAAAUGGAGGCACCAUGGUCACGUUUGCAGAGCUCAACCCUCUUUCCUGUAAGGAAUUCUCCCUAUUUUGUCAUCUAUUUUACACUGAUUAGGACUUUACAGUUAAAACUAAAAUGUCACACCCACCUGUGAUCGGUAAAAGAAAAUUCAUAUAAAAAGACCAUCUUAAAAAAAAAAAAAAAACUUUUAAACCUGAGGUGUCCCACUCAUGGCUUGUGGGCCAAUUGGGGGCCGCCGCCCAUUUUUUAGCGGCCCGCUGUAAUAUACAAAGUGUGUCAGAAAGGUUGCACACUAUAAAAAAAACUUGUAUUUUUCUGCCUGGAAUACUUAAAUAGGAAAAACUUUCAAAUAUAAAUUACUGACCAACAUUUUUUUUUUUUUUUACAAUGCCUACAGUGGCCCUUCAAUGCAGGCCAUAUCAUCAACCGGCACAUGUACAAAAAAAAAAGUCACGCAGGCAUUCUAGCAGUUGGCCACUGAGUACAUAUCCCGAUAAGCGAGACUAAUUUUACUGAUGGAUUUGGCAUGACUAAAGUGAUUAUGAAAGGAUUCUAGGAAAGAAUUAUCCCAGUAUUAGGGAAGGAAUAAUGUUUUUGAACCGUGUAUUUCAAAAAAACAAAAUUUUGGGUCAGCAUUAUUAUGUAAUAUGAGAUCAAAUUAGUAUAAAAAUGAAGUCUCCACUACUAAUGUUGCCUUCUGAGAAAUUGCUGCAACUUCAUUAUGAUACAAAUCUCUAGUCACAUUGACUUGAUAUAACUUUUCAUUAACUUCUGCACAACACACCCAAGUGCCAACAUGCGAUUCAAGUAAUGUGCUCCAUGUUUUAUUUUAUAGCUUCUUGUCAGCCAAACUAAAUGUUGCCAUCUGAAAUGUUUCAAUGUCAAUAAAGGCCACACAAUAAUACGCAAAACACAA